AUGGACACCAGUGAACGCUGGACUCGGGGAAGCCUCGACGAUGCCUUCGAAAAUGCCCAGGCCAGCCCUUCCAUGGUAUUCCUCGACUUAUUUCACCGAAGAGUUUUCCGCCAUGAGGGGAAAGUGGUCAAAUACGGCCAAUCCGUGACUGUUCAAGAAGCACAAGCGUUGUCCUUCAUCAAGAAUUCCAGUCUCAGCAUACCCAUUCCCCGCGCCCACUGGUCUGGGACGUGUGAGAAUGUGGGUGUAGUCGAGAUGGGCGUGAUUGAGGGAGACGGCGUUUGGAGAGGACUCUCGAAGGACGAGAAGCACAGCUACAUGCAACAACUAGGGGAGAUUGUGAAACAACUGCGUUCGCUUGAGGGCACGUAUAUUGGCUCUCUCCAAGAAGGUCCUGCAGUCGAUGCUCGUCGCGAUAGACAUCAGGGUGGUCCUUUCUACAGCGAGGCGGCCUUCAACGAAUUUUUGCUGAGCAACGCCAUUUCUACCAUGCCCCAGAUUUAUCGCAAGAUGAUACACGAUCUACUCUCCGCCAAAACACACAAGGUCGUCUUCACCCCUGGAGACUUGAGCUCCAGAAACAUCAUGGUCAAGGAUGGCCGAAUCGUUGGCAUCAUCGACUGGGAAUAUGCGGGCUGGUAUCCCGAAUACUGGGAGUUUGUGCGAUUCUUUAGAGCGGUCUGA